CAGCUUUAAUCUCCACCACUAAUGGAAGUUAAAGUUAAAGCUGAAUCUGAAUCAUCAACAGAAACAAAUGAGGAAGAAGUUAUUAACUUCAAUCCAAGAAAUCUCCAGAAGUAUAUAGGUGUUCGAAAACGUCCAUGGGGAAAAUUUGCAGCUGAAAUUAGAGAUUCAACAAGAAAUGGAAUUAGGGUUUGGCUUGGAACUUUUGAUACUGCUGAAGAAGCUGCUAUGGCUUAUGAUCAAGCUGCAUUUUCUAUGAGAGGUGCACAAACUUGCUUGAAUUUUUCAGUUGAAAAAGUGCGCGAUUCGUUACAGAGAAUGGAAUGUAGUUACUUGAAAGAUGGAUUAAUGUCACCAGCUGUUGCCCUAAAAGAGAAACACAAGAAAAGAAAUAGUAGUAAUUCAAGAAAAGAAGGGAAAAAGAAGCAAGUGAAUAUUAAAGAAGAAGAAGAAGAAGAAGAAGAAGAAGAGAAUGUGUUUAUAUUUGAAGACUUAGGUCCUGAUCUAUUAGAUGAACUCUUAUCUCAGAAUUAUUCCUCUUGUUCAAAUUAUUAAUCUACUAAUUUUCCCAUCUGUAAGUAAUCUACUCCUUGUUCAUGGUUUUUGUUUUAUAAUUCUUUUUUAA